AUGCCUCCAGAAAAAUCACUUCCCUAUUCAGACGAUUUUUCUACCGCAGAUGAAUACGUCGACUCACUCCUAAACUUUGCAACCACCUCUACUCUUUUCCAAACUCUAUGCGGAGGCGUUCAUAUUCUCGACUUCUUCAUCAGAGAGCCAAGUCUCUAUCAUAAGAUUCUCCCCGAAGAAUGGCGCGCCUGGUUACUCGAUUAUCCCUCCAUGGAUUUUCUAGAUUUGCUCAUGCGGGACGAUCUUUCAUUGGCACGUGAUACGUCCAAUCCGCCGCCAGAAUCUCUCAUCACAUAUAUCCUCAAUAUCCGGAAACAUUCUCUGAUCCGAAGCGUGGAGAAGAAGAAUCUCAGUGCUAGGAAAUUACCAAGACAUGUGGCUGUGGGUAUGAUUCCGAAGAAAAUACACGAGGUGACGAAUUUUGCGGAUUAUGUGACGCGGGUUGCAGAUGAGGUGAAGGAAGAAAGUGGAAAGGAAAUUACUCAUUUUGUGGAUUUUGGGAGUGGUCAGAAUUAUUUGGGGAGAACGUUGGCGAGUCCACCGUGGAAUAGAUGGAUUGUGGCGGUGGAAAGUAAGGGGGGGAAUAUUGAGGGGGCGAAGAGUAUGGAUAUUUUGGCGGGGAUGGCGGAGAGGGAAAAGGUUAUGAGAAACAAGAAGGUUUUUAGGGAGAAGAUUAUGGGAGAGGUUGGGAAGACUAAAAGAGCAGUAGGGAAAGUGGAUAGAGAUGAAGAGGCAGAUUUAAGACCGGCGAGGGCUUUACAGACGAUAUAUACCCCGGCUGUUGGAAAGGGAUAUAUUCAAUACGUGGAACAUCGAGUUGAAGAUGGAGAUUUAUCAGAUGUGGUGUCACAAAUUGAGGAUUUGAAGAUUGCAGCCCCAGAUGGUGAUCUCAACAUCAUCUCCGAACCCGGUUCUGCCGCUCCUGCCAAGGAAGAUAUCAUAUCCCGCGUCUCGGAAGCAAUACCCUCGGAAAUAAAUCUAAUGGCUAUAUCCAUCCAUUCCUGCGGCAACCUCUCACAUCACGGAAUCCGCUCUCUCCUCCUCAAUCCUUCAGUUCACGCUAUAGCCAUCGUAGGCUGCUGUUACAAUCUACUCUCCGAACGACUCAACACUCCUUCCUACAAACAUCCUCUCCUCCGUCCCAAUCUCCGCGCUCUGAAUCUCCCACCCCCUUCUUCCACUUCAGCCCCCACAUCAGAUCCCCACGGUUUCCCCAUGUCUAACCGUCUAUCAACAUACAACGAACAUGGCAUCACACUCAACAUAACAUCUCGAAUGAUGGGUGUCCAAGCGCCUGCAAACUGGACCGCCAAAGACAGCGAUUCAUUUUUCACACGCCACUUCUACCGCGCUUUACUCCAAAAGUUAUUUCUAGAUUACGACGUCGUACAAGCCAUCCCAUUAGACACCUCCGACCAUCUCGACAAACGGACUUCCACUUCCACAAAGUGCAACACGACAGAAUGUUGCGACGACAAAGAAGAGGAGCCCAUCACCACAACCCCCAUCAUAAUCGGUUCCCUCCGAAAAUCCUGCUAUGAAUCCUUCACCAGCUACGUGCGAGGCGCUAUUCAAAAACUUACCUCAACGCCCGCUUCUUCCGAGGAACCACAAGUUCCCCGCUCCGAUGUCUCGUCAAUGGUCCAAGAAAAAGUCGGCCAUAUCACCGAUGCCGAAAUCCAAGCUUACGAAACUCAAUAUUUGGCGAGGAAGAAAGAACUCAGUAUCAUUUGGUCACUAAUGGCGUUUAGUGCUGGGGUUAUAGAGUCGAUGAUUGUAGUUGAUCGAUAUGUGUUUUUGCGAGAGGCGGUGGAGAGGGGAGAGUGUAGGGAUGCGUGGGUGGAGGGGGUUUUUGAAUACGGGAUGAGUCCGAGGAAUUUGGUAGUUGUGGGUGUCAAAUAG